AUGGAGGUGUUUGAGAUUAUCAAGAAUGGGCCGUCGGAGAAUCGGAUCGAUGUCGUUUUCAUGGGCGACGGGUACACUCCCUCCGAAAAACCCAAAUUCCUAUCCGACAUCCGCCGGCUCACCUCCGACAUGUGGGGCGCGCAAACCUUCGCCUCCGUCCUCCCGCUCUUCAACAUCUGGGCCGUCUUUGCACCCUCCAACGACAGCGGGAUCGGCGUCGGCGGCAAACCGAAGGAUACCCCGUUCGGCCUCUAUCGCGACGGGACGGAACUGCGGGGCAUCUACUGUUCGAAACCGAAUGAGGCGCGCAAGGCGUGCACGUUGACAGGCCCCGCCGCAUGCGACUACCCGAGCCUGAUCGCCAACGACGACUACUACGGCGGCCUCGGCGGGGAAUUCGUGAUCUCCACGCGCUCGAACAUAUCCGGGACCGUGGUGCUACGGCACGAGAUGGGGCAUAAUCUGGUCGAGGUUGGUGAGGAAUACGAUGGAGGCCAGGUGUAUUCGGGCGUCAACUCCGAACCCGCCGACAGACCCUUGUCGGAGCUCAAAUGGGCCCACUGGUUCACCGACCCGGACAACAUCGCCGAGCAGAAAUCCGUCGUCCGUGUCCAGGAUUAUGCGUGGUACGACCUGUCCCACGGGGCGUACACCCUCAACUUUUCCUCGGACGGCACGUACGCGCGGUGGGGGCUCAAGAUCAGCGCGUCGGGGGUGGACGUCGACGACGCGAUGCGGGUCUCCGUCGACGGCGUGGGGCUGGAGUGGCGCGGGGUCGGGCAUCUCGAUCGGUCGUUCUUCGACGUAAGGGCCGAUUCAGGGUUUGAGAAGGGCGACCAUACCCUGACGUUCGCGCUCGGCAUCCCUGCGCCGCCCGGGGCGCCGAUCCGGCAGCUGUGCUCGGUGCAGCUGAUCGAGUACGCCGCCGAGCCCGCCUUCCAUAUGGACAACAGUUACAUCUCAGCAUACCCGACGAUCUCGCAAUCGGGAACAAAAACCUACCGCCCAACCAACGAAGGCUGUCUGAUGCGCAACAUGGGCCUGCCCAUUUUCUGCUCCGUCUGCAAAGAAGGCCUAUGGACCUCCCUCCUCUCCCGCCUGCACCUCAUCGACACCAUCACAACCACCUGUCCCGGCCCCGGCGCGCCGCUCAUCACCGUCACGCCGCUCCCCCUCGCGCAGUUCCGGCCCGGCGGCGAUCGGGGCCGCGACGUGGAGCGGUUCGCCGUGCGGUGGUAUACGCGCCCCGCGCCGUCGCGGCUGGCGCGGCAGGCCGUGGGGGGAGCAGGACAGAUUGGGAAUGGGACCACUGAGGCGUGGCGACGGGUCCGGGAGUUGGAUGAUCUGUUUGUGGGGACGGUGCACCCGGGGAUGUGGCGGGUGGAGGUGGAGUUUCGGAGUGUGGAGGUGAGGAGUGAGGGCGGCGUUAUGGAGGGAAGGUGGGAGGGGAGGGUUGAGGGGUGUUGA